GUCGAGGAUCAGGGAGUGGCUUGUGCUAGCACUGAAUAAUGAUGAUCCCAGCAUGCUUAUAAAACAACGAGGCGGAGAGCUCACCACAGAGCUGUUCCUUGCAGCCCUGGUCCUCUGCAGAGCAUCACUCCGCCUCGUCAGCCAAGAGUUCUGCUCCAGGGAGGCCCCGGCUCAGCUAUUUUCCUUUUUCCCGCCUGCAUCCCGGCACAGCCAUGCUGAGCACGGCGGUGCGGCUCUCGGUCCUGCUCGGCCUCCUUGGCCUUGGGAAAGGCCAGAUGUUUCACAUGGGACCGUGCCCAGAUCCACCGGUCCAAGAAGACUUCAAUAUCAACAAGUAUUUGGGGAAAUGGUAUGAGAUAGAGAAGCUGCCCUCAAGUUUUGAGAAAGGAAGGUGCAUCCAGGCAAAUUACUCGCUGAAGGAGAAUGGGAAGUUCAAGGUGAUCAACAAGGAGCUGCUUUCCAAUGGCAAAGUCAACGAAGUUGAAGGAGAAAUCAUGCACAUGGAUGUAAAGGAGCCGGCCAAGCUGGGUGUCCGCUUUAACUGGUUCAUGCCUUCUGCCCCUUACUGGGUCAUCUCCACCGACUAUGAAAACUACUCGCUGGUUUACUCCUGCACUAACAUCCUCUGGCUCUUCCACAUUGACUACGCCUGGAUUCUAUCAAGAGCUCCCGAUAUGCACCCAGAAACCGUGGAGCACCUGAAGAGCGUCCUCCAGUCCUACAAGAUUGACACCGAGAAAAUGAUGCCCACGGAUCAACUUAACUGCCCUUCCGAGAUGUAACUCCCGGCACGCAGUGACGCAGCGCCAGACCAGCCAGGAACUUUGUUGCUUGCUUUAUUAUCCAUUAGAAUUUCUCUAUGUAACAGAGAUAUGUAAUAAGCCUUUCGCUAACGGUAGUUUGCCAGCCCUGCGUUACUCUUUGCUGUUGUUCCCUCUGUCGCUCUCCCCCCUUUUUCGUCUCGCUCUGACUUUUGCAGAGUAACUGAUUCAAAGCUGACGGGUGAAGAAAAGAAACCCUGAAGUGCAGACGUGAAGCUCUGCCGUUGCUGAGAGUCCUCCAGUAUGUGGAUGCAAAAGGGUAUGAGAUGUGAUGUGAAAGUAUUAGUGGAAAAACCUUUCGUCAUGGUUCGUUUCCCAUUUUUGUUUUGAUGCUCCUAGGAGUGUAUGAUGUCAGAGCUCCAUCGCAGGCACUGCCUUCCCAGCAGCAACACCCAGACACCGGGGGGGGGGGGCAGUCCUGCAGCCUGGGAACUGAGACUGGGGGUCUUUCAUGUUUUCUGGUGCAGGCUGUAGGUGUACGUUGCUGCCAAAUCAGCAGGCCUUCUUGCUAGAAAUCAGACCUGGCCCUUUGUAUUUAAAGUCUGAGAAGUCUAAAAAUGUCCAGAAAUUCAGCAUCGCCCCAUCCCCAGCGUCUGUACGUGACCCCGCACUCCCAAGGGGUCAGCUCUGAGAGUACCCGUAAGCAGACAGAGACGGGGCUGCUCCCUUGUCCUCUCUUCCCGAGGCUUUUCCCUAAACAAACACCGAGAGACGGCAGGCUUCUGCCUGACACGCUGCUCACCGCUUUUGUACGUGCCGAGUGCCCGCUGGCACUGCAUCUGCCCCGGCAGGUGCUCACCAGGCACCACGACAACUCUGCUUGCAUAGCAUUAAUGCAACUCAUUAAAAGUGAAAUCAAAAUA